CUUGGCCACCUAAAGCCGACAGACGCAGAAGGACCCGCUGCGACAAGAAGAAGAAGGACCCACGUCACGACCCAGCGCCGUCUUUCGGUGUUUCCCAGUUUGGCUGUUCUGCGAUUCGGUUUUUUUUUUUUUUGCCUCCCGGUGCGUCUUUUCACCGGCGGGCCGGGACAGCUUUCUCAUGGCGGAGGUGAAAGUGAAGGUGCAGCCGCCUGACGCGGAUCCGGUUGAAAUAGAAAACAGGAUUAUAGAAUUAUGCCACCAGUUCCCUCAUGGAAUUACAGACCAAGUAAUUCAGAAUGAAAUGCCUCAUAUAGAAGCCCAACAGCGGGCAGUGGCCAUCAAUAGACUAUUGUCCAUGGGUCAGUUGGAUCUCUUAAGGAGCAAUACAGGCCUUCUGUAUAGAAUAAAGGAUUCUCAGAAUGCUGGUAAAAUGAAAGGAUCAGAUAACCAAGAAAAACUAGUAUAUCAAAUCAUAGAGGAUGCAGGAAAUAAAGGAAUAUGGAGCAGAGAUAUCCGAUAUAAAAGUAACUUGCCAUUAACAGAAAUUAAUAAAAUUCUAAAGAAUUUGGAAAGUAAAAAGCUUAUCAAAGCUGUUAAGUCUGUGGCAGCUUCAAAAAAGAAGGUGUAUAUGCUCUAUAACCUGCAGCCUGACCGGUCUGUGACUGGUGGAGCUUGGUAUAGUGACCAGGAUUUUGAAUCUGAGUUUGUAGAGGUGCUUAACCAACAGUGUUUUAAGUUCCUACAAACCAAGGCAGAAACAGCAAGAGAAGGCAAACAGAAUCCAAUGAUACAAAGGAAUAGUUCAUUUGCUUCAUCGCAUGAAGUGUGGAAAUAUAUCUGUGAAUUGGGAAUCAGCAAGGUAGAGUUGUCCAUGGAGGACAUUGAAACCAUCUUGAAUACACUCAUUUAUGAUGGGAAAGUGGAGAUGACUAUCAUCGCUGCAAAAGAAGGCACUGUUGGCAGUGUAGACGGACAUAUGAAGCUGUAUAAGGCAGUCAACCCAAUCAUCCCACCCACAGGUUUGGUCCGGGCCCCCUGUGGACUCUGCCCGGUUUUUGAUGACUGCCAUGAAGGUGGUGAGAUUUCACCAUCUAAUUGUAUUUACAUGACAGAGUGGCUUGAAUUUUAACAGAGAGCUAUGAAUUCUAUUGACAUGUAAACUUUAAUUCAUGAUGGAACAUCAGAUUCCCUUGAAAGCAGCCUUUACUAUAAUGGAUAUCGACUUGCUAUUAAAAAGUAUUUAUUUUUUCCUGUGAAAACUAUAUUUAUGUUCAUGGAAUAGUCAUCAAGACUGAAGCAGGUGAGUUUAGCAGUGAAAUCCAUUCUUCAAUAAAUACUUUGAAGUUCUGGAGGACCUCAUCUGAAACUUUCAAGAUUUGAUGGUUCAAGGAAAAAGAAGACAAUAAAUCCAUUUUCACCAAGUAUUAUGAUAAUGACAAGAGCUUUAAAUGACCAUUUUAAAGUUAUUAAGCUCUUCAUUGAAAUUUUUACUCUAUACUUCACUAUCACCAUUUCUGUUUUUUCAGUGGUUUCAUUGAGAAAAAAUUCUAAGUGAUGAACACAGAAAUAAUGAGUGGGCAAAGACUUGAGGCACGAGGCAAGCAUAGAGUGGAACUUCUCUUUUACACACACUCUUCACUCUUCAUUCCUUUUUAUGUCAGAAAUAUUCUUACAGAGCAUUAUGUCAUCAAAUUUACCUCAAACCCAGAUGAUGACUUUUUGUCAAGGUUAUGUUUUUUUAGUGCAUAAAUAUUAGCAUUAUUACCUUAAAGGGUUUAUUUUUCCCUGGUCCUUCUUUGUUAAAGUUUUAUACAAGUUUUACUCUGUGCCACAAUUGUAUUUUUGCUAUAAUUUCCCCCUAGGUUCUUAUCAUUUAACUAAAAUUAAAACUAAAAAUAAUCUGUUGCCUUCCAUUCAUACUUUGUUUGGGGGGAGGAAGUACCAUUCUUUUUUUUCUUGUCCUGUUUUAGAGUUGUUUCCUUAUGCUAUUCUAAAAAUCAUGGCACAGUAUGCUUGAAUUAAGCAGAACCCCAUUAUAAUUGUUUUAGCCCUAUAGAAAACAUUAGGUUAUUUGAUGUAUUGUUGCACAGAAGGUAGCUGUGGUGCUUUUUAGGAUCUCAGCUGUUGUGUUUUUGCUCUGAGGCAUCAUUUAAAAGUUUGUGUCAAGGCCAAAAACAUGGAACAAAUUGAAAGGAAAAGAGCUGAGACUUGAGUUCAAACACGUUUGGAGAUACUCUUAAGUGGAUAAACUUCAGAAGGGUUAUUUUGAGAUAAAUGGGAUUGGUAAAGUAAAAUUCAGCUUAGUCACCAAUUUUUAGAAUCAGGCAAAUUCUUUGGCCAGCUCUAGAGAGUUAGCAUUCAUAUUAGCAUUUUGAAAUAGAGAUCAUUUGCUCAUGUGUUGGAUAUAAGACAAAAGAAUCUGGGAGCCUGAAGCUACAAAGGUUUCUUUUCAACCCCCAGUCAGACUUGGCAUGAUACAAACAAUGACCUUCCUGGCCUAUUCAGUAGCACUAAUCUUAUUUAAUAAGAAGACCGGGCCUCCCUGGUGGCGCAAGGGGUUAUGCACCACACUAUGAAGCAAUCUGCAGCCUCUGCAGCAUGAGUUUGAUCCCUGGGCCAGGGAGCAACCCACAUGGCUCAGCAGACCUCUCCUGACUCGCCUGCUGCUCCCCUCAGCAGUGUAUUUCAGUCAGUCUGCCUGUUCUGUUCCCCACUCUGUCUCUGGUGAAUCCUCUCAUCCCCCACAUCUCUGGCCUGUACCCCAGCUCUUGUAUACAUAAAUAAAUAAAUCUUUUUUAACCAAAAAAAAAAAAAAAGACGACGACUACCUUGGAGGAGAGUUAAGAACGGGAAGGAAGAACCAGUUUGUUUUAUUUUCCUUUAAUUUAUCUUUAACUGAGCUAACAUUGGGGUAGUCCCAUCAGGUACUACCACCAUCAACUCACCCAUACUCCACCACUGUAAACCAUUACGCCUCCCUUCCUAGCCCCCUUGAUGUGUCCGUUCUGCAGUCAGCUAUCAAAGGUUAGUUUUUCAGCUUGUCUUUAUCUGACUUACUUUAGUCACUUUAUAUUCCAUAUAUUAGUGACACCAUCCAGGACCAGUUUGUUUUAAAUAUGGACUUGUUUUUGUCUUAAUAGCCAGA